UCGUGACCCCAAGAUGGCGGCGCCCAGUGAAGGGGCCGCUGCUGCCUCCGGCGAAGGCGAUGGCGGGGGCAGCGGCUUUGGAUCGUGGCUGGAUGGACGGUUGGAGGCACUGGGAGUGGACCGAGCCAUUUACGGUGCCUACAUCCUGGGUGUCCUGCAGGAGGAGGAGGAAGAAGAGAAGCUGGACGCCCUGCAGGGUAUCCUCUCUGCUUUCCUGGAAGAAGAUUCCCUUCUUAACAUCUGCAAGGAGAUUGUGGAACGAUGGUCGGAAACUCAGAAUGUUGUCACCAAGGUGAAAAAAGAAGAUGAGGUACAGGCCAUUGCCACCCUAAUUGAGAAGCAGGCACAGAUCGUGGUGAAGCCCAGGAUGGUGUCAGAAGAGGAGAAGCAGAGAAAAGCUGCGCUCCUGGCCCAGUACGCUGAUGUGACAGAUGAAGAGGAUGAAGCGGAUGAGAAGGAUGAUUCAGGUGCCACCACAAUGAACAUUGGUUCUGACAAGUCUCUGUUCCGAAACACCAACGUGGAAGAUGUCCUCAAUGCCCGAAAACUAGAGCGCGACACACUUCGGGAUGAGUCCCAAAGGAAGAAGGAACAGGACAAGCUGCAGAGGGAGAGGGACAAACUAGCUAAGCAGGAGCGCAAGGAAAAGGAAAAGAAAAGGACACAAAGAGGGGAGCGAAAGCGAUAACCUUGGUCCACUCCAUUCUUUCUCUUCAUGAACUUGAUCAAAGGGAGAACUGGCUGUGCACACAUUUAAGAGAAAUGAGAGAACACUGCAAAGUGGUUUGCCAAGGCAUUUCCCCUUUUGUUUACAUGGUCAAAAGGAAAAACCACAAACACUUCUAAUUAUAAAAUGUGCCAUGUCUCUGUGGUGUGGGUAAUCAGAUAAUUGUAGUUAUGUCUGUACCAAAGAUCUGGAAGGGGCGCAACCUUUAUAUUUAAAUACUGAAGUCCUGAGCUCCUUUUGGCCACUUUAAAAAGUCUUCCCUCACCUUGGAUAAACAGCCGGAAUAUUCAGAAAGCUGACAGUUAAGUUUUUAUCCUGAAGGAGGAGAAUCAUGACCACUCCUUCCCUGAGAUGAAAUGUGGGAGUGUAAAUUGCUUCAGAAGUAGUAUUUACCCUUAAGUGUAUUGGUUUAUGGCUGAAAUAGAAAGCUAAUGAAGAGUCCUACCUGGAUCUAGAUUUUUUGUUACAUGGCAACAAGCUAGGAAAAUGAGAAGAAAUUAUUUGGUGUAUGUUCUAGAUUUGAGAAUGUUUUUUAAAAAAAGUUUCAGCCUAUGGGAGGAAAAGAGGUAUCUUUUUAAGGAGAGAGAGUUACAUUUUUCCUCAUCUAGGCUGUGAUUUUAAGAAGGAUGUGUCAGUAUUGAGUGCAAGGAUAUCAUUGUUAGCUAGAUUCAUUUUUUAUAAUCGUGAAUUCUUUUGAUUGCGAGUAGAGAUUUUAAUCCUGAUUUGCCCUAAAACAUGAGUAUAAAGACCUGAUAAUUACAGGUUUAGAGAAACUGGAGGAACUGCCCUUUUAAGAAAGAAACACUGGAAUUCUCUGCUAACACAAAGAUAUUUAAGAGUGUACAUAGUAGGUGUUCAACAAAUUGAUUGUGAAUGAGUGAGUGAAUGGAAAAACUGCUUGGGAGAGUCAAAAGUGAGCAAGAACUCUCCAUUUCUACUUUUGUCACAAGCCACAUUCAAUUGUAAAUAAGGCCUUUCUCUACAAGAAGACUGCCUGAAGCGAGCAAUUUCUCUGACAAGACAGAAAGUAGAUAUUUUAUACCAGGGGUCGGCAAACUGCUGCCCGCAAGCCAAAUUUGGCCCAGUCUGUUUUUGUAUGGUGCAAGCUAACAAUGGAUUUUACAUUUUUAAAAGGUUGUAAGAGAAAAGAUACGUGACAGAGACCUUAUGUGGCCUGCAAAGCCUAAAGUAUUUACUAUCUGGACCUCUGGAGAAAAAGUUUGCCGACCUGUUUUAUACCAUUAACUAUGAGAUUAACACAAAUUUUUACCUUUAUGCAGAAGGUAAAAAGCAGCAUGGUUAAGGAAAAGAUGUGUUACCUCUAUACACUCCUAUAACCGUGGCAUUGCAAAAAUUUAAAAAAAAAAUAACCAUCUUUCUAAAAAAUAAACUUUAUUUAAAUUACUGUCUUCCAA